CCGGGAGGGUUUGGGAACCAAGGCCCGCGUUCGAAUCCCAGCCCGGCCCCCUUCCCCUCUUGGUCUCUCGGUUUCCCUGCGAACAGGGCGUCACCCGCUCACCUAGGGCUGCUGCGCGGCCCGCUCAGCCCAGGCCCAGGGCAGGCAGAUUUGACGGAGGAGGAGGAAGGCCAGAGGGCCUCCAGGGCACCGGUGCGCAAACUCGGGUUAUUUUCAGCCACCGGUGCCCUCUCCCGCUUCUAGGACCUGGAAGGCUGUGGGCUGAGGCCUGUGCGACCCCGCAAGCGGUGGGUCUGAGUCCCAAUUUAGACAGGUUGGGAAUAUUUAAAGCGCUUUACAGUUUGCAAAGUAGAUUCCUGGUCUCUCUGGGGUCGGGUGGCAGUAUUGAUCCCCGUGUCACGAAUGAGGAGGCUGAAACCGGCCCUGGGGCCGUAGCGGGUCACCCGUUUGGCCUGGGAUCGCCCCAGAGAACGUCUUAUUUUUAGUCUGGGGCGAAUGGGCGGGUGUCCGGGGCUGAGUCACACAGCACUUCAGGCUUCAGCUACUGCAGGCAUCUGGUCACCUGGCAACUGAGCCCCUGGCACCCACACUCUGGCAGGGCAGGUAGAAGUCCUUGGUGCCCGGGCAGGCUGUGACCUCAUGGUCAUCUGCUCAGGCCUCUCUGGGAGAGUUCUGCAUGUCGUCUGAUGUCCUAAGGUCACAGCGCCGCUCAGCUCCCAGGAACUGAGGGCAGUGUCCGGCUCGCAGAACGUGAGGCUGGGGGUUGGUGGACUGGGCCGCAGGAGAUCUUUGCCUCCACCUCCCAAGUGCAGGGCCCCACCCAACCACACACUGCUGCCCAUGCCAUCUUACAGGCAGACCAUGGCAGAGUUCUCCCAGAAACGGGGGAAGCGGCGUGGCGAUGAGGGGCUGGGCAGCGUGGUGGACUUCCUCCUGGCCAAUGCCCGUCUGGUGCUGGGCGUGGGCGGGGCUGCUGUGCUGGGCAUUGCCACCCUGGCCGUGAAGCGGUUCAUUGACAGGGCCACUAGCCCACGGGACGAGGAUGACACCAAGGGAGACAGCUGGAAGGAACUGAGCCUGCUCAAGGCCACGCCACACCUGCAGCCCCGGCCUCCACCGGCUGCCCUCAGCCAGCCCAUGUUGCCCUUGAUCCCCUCGCCUUCUGCCCCAGAGGAGCCUGCAGAAACUGAUCUUCAGGUGACACUACAGCUCAGCUCCCCAACACCGCUGUGUCUGACACUGCAGGAGAGGCUGCUGGCCUUCGAGCGGGACCGUGUGACCAUCCCAGCAGCCCAGGUGGCUUUGGCCAAACAGCUGGCUGGCAACAUUGCCCUGGAGCUGCAGGCCUACUUUCGGAGCAAGUUUCCAGAACUGCCCUUUGGGGCACUUGUGCCUGGGGGGCCACUCUACGAUGGGCUGCAGGCAGGGGCUGCUGACCAUGUGCGUCUCCUGGUGCCACUGGUACUGGAGCCAGGCCUGUGGAGCCUGGUGCCGGGCGUGGACACUGUGGCGAGGGACCCUCGCUGCUGGGCCGUGCGCAGGACUCAGCUGGAGUUCUGCCCCAGAGGGAGCAGCCCCUGGGACCGCUUCCUGGUGGGGGGCUACCUCUCCUCCCGCAUCCUGCUGGAGCUGCUGCACAAGGCGCUGGCUGCCUCCGUCAACUGGCCGGCCAUCGGCAGCCUGCUUGGGUGCCUGAUCCUACCCAACGUGGCCUCGGAGGAGCUGCUGCUAGAGGUGCAGCACGAGCGCCUGGAGCUCACUGUGGCCGUGCUUGUGGCAGUCCCUGGGACCAAGGCUGAUGACCACCUCCUCCUGGCCUGGCCCCUGGAGGGGCUGGCGGGGAACCUCUGGCUCCAGGACCUGUAUCCAGUGGAGGCUGCCAGGCUGCGAGCCCUGGAUGACCGUGAUGCUGGGAUCCGCCGGCGGCUGCUGCUGCUUCUGUGUGCUGUCUGCCGUGGCUGCCCGGCCCUGGGGCAGCUGGGCCGGGGCCACCUGACCCAGGUGGUCCUGCGUCUGGCAGAGGACAACGUGGACUGGACGGAGGCGGCCUUGGGCGAGCGCUUCCUGCAGGCUCUGGAGCUGCUCAUCGGCAGCCUGGAGCAGGCCAGUCUGCCCUGCCACUUCAACCCCAGCGUGAACCUCUUGAGCAGCUUGCGGGAGGAAGAGAUUGACGACCUUGGCUAUGCGCUGUACAGUGGCCUGCAGGAGCCCGAGGGGCUGCUCUAGGUGGGUGGGAACAGGUGACUGGCAUGUUUUCUGAUGCUGGGGAGCUGUGCCCACCUCCCUUGCAGGGAUUUGAAGAGUUUUUUUUCUAGCUUUCAGCCAGAACAAAAGAGGGUAGCUUACUUAAACCCACGGCACUGGUAUGUGCUUGGGCUAUGGUAACUGUAAACCCUGAGCCCAGAGAGCUUGGGUCACUGUCACCUGAAUGUGGCUGGGCUGCCUCAGGCAGCUUGGAGUGCCAGCCAUUCAUGAAAGCACCCUUUCAACCCUGGGGGCCAACCGCAGGACCUUGGCUCUGUCCAUCACCAGCAACGAAUCCACUGAUAAAAUGUGGAUUCUGCCAUCCUGGGUAGGGAUGAAGGCCAGCUUUCCAUUUCUGCUGAGAGAAGGUGACUUCACGCUUUCUCCGGCCCCAGCUCCAGGUGUUUUGAGGCGUCCAGUGCCCCUGGUGGUAGGUAUGGUGUGUUCUGUUCCCCAGGGGCUGGAGUCACCUGGUGCCCCUAAAGGACAAUUUUUUAGCUGUUAAAGGGUGGUGUUUUCCUGCUCUCUUCUGUGUGUUUAGUUUUCUUGCUGUGUUCUCGAGCCCUGGAGCAGUAGCUCAGUGUCACUUUCCACCCACCUGAUAACUCAGGACAAGGGCCCUUUUCCCUCCAACCAGGUGAGUGUUUUCUUCAGGCAGCCGAGGGCCCUGGGGGAGCCCCCUCCUUCCCGGGGGAGUUGAGGCCCUGAGCUGCACUCCCUACCCCACAGCUGGGGCAUCCCACUGGAGCUGUUCCAGGCCCCACUGGAGAGGAGGGGACCUGCCUCCCCACCAGAGAGGUCCAGCCCACAGAGCCGGCCUCCCACCGUGCCAAAAUCAAUUGCUCUCAGCUGAUGUCUGUAUUCUGACUUUGAAGCCUGUUAGAGGUAAAACGGGGUGCUAGAGGAGGGAGAUUCCACCUCCCCUCCCAAGUGACCCUCCUCCUGCCUCUGGUAUCCUUCCUGCUGAAACAAAGCUCUGCUUCGAAGAUGUGAACAAGAAUAAAAAGAAAACAUUCUAAUGUA